GCAAAAUGCAAGGUGAAAAAUCAAAGCAUGUCCCAGACUCUACAGCCCAUCACCUUCUUCCCCAUCAUUCUUCAACUCAGCCCAAGCAAACAGACCUCUAUAUUCUCCCAUCAUAUUCUGACAUCCUCUUUAAUAACUUUCAAAGCCUUAGAGAAGAAGAGCUUCUCCUGGACUUCAGUCUUUGCAUCCAAGGCAACACUUGUCGCUCCCAUGGUCUAGUGCUCGCAGCUGCCAGUGAAUGCCCACAUUUAUUUUUUGGUGCAAAACCAAUCUUUGGACUUGGAAUGAAAGAAAUUCCAGAUUUUCUGACUCCACUUGGAUUUGGGGCUGUUCUGGAGUUUGCAUAUUGUGGACACGUGGCUCUGGACCACCUUGAAGACGGAGAGACGAUGGAGGUCCUGAAUGCCUGUGAGUAUCUACACAUGGGACGGCUGAGGAAGAGGCUCACACAAAGGGUCACCACCUCUGCUUCGAAGGAGAAAGACAAGAGCUUGGUGAUGAUCAAGGACAUGUGGGACAAAGGAUUAGGAUGUGAUAUAAUAAUACAAGCAGAUACUGGAGAGAGGUAUUCAGCACACCGCGUGGUGCUGGCGGCCGGUGGGGACUACUUCCGGGCGCUGCUGUGUGGCGGCAUGAGGGAGUCCCGGGAGGACACCGUGCGCUUGCGGGGUCUCUCCUCCUGGGUGAUUGAAUCCGUGGUCGGCUUCUUCUACACGGGUCAGCUUGGGUUGAGUUGGGCCCGCAUAUGGGAGCUGACGGACGCGCUGCAUCAGUUCCAGCUGAAGGGGGCGCUCUCGCUCUGCACUGACUUCCUGCAGGGCAGAAUGGACGAGAGCACCUGUCUGGACGUUCUGGUCCUGGCGGAGACAUUUGGGCUUGUCCAGCUGGGACAGGCUGCCGAGGAGUACGUCCUGACCCACUUCCAGCUCGUCUCUGCUGAAGAGAAGUUCAAGGAUGUUCCCUUUGUUCUGUUGGACCGACUGCUGGACAAAGAUUCACUUUGUGUAGACAGAGAGAUUGUGGUUUUCAGGGCAGUAGUGAGCUGGGUAGAGGAGGAACCUAAAGAACGACUCCCGUUCCUGUCCAGCCUGUUGUCCCACGUUCGCCUCCCGCUCUUCACUUCCUCUGAGGUCCAGGAAGCUCUGAGAUGGAAGCUACUAUACAGAAGCUCCAAGACAAAGAGGGCAUUAGAAACCCUGCAACGACUUGCAAAAGGGGAAAAGGUUGGAUCUGGAUGUAAGCCUCGCUCACCAAACCAGGUUCUGGUGUUGGUUGGCGGAGACGCUGUUGACGAUGACUUCAUGAAGAGGGUUCCAAGCCAGUCCCUGUGGUAUGCCCAACAGUUUCACCGCGGGCCGGGUCUGAUGAGAAAAAUCGAGUGGAAACUCUUGACAAAGAUCCCUGAGCCGCCGCGGUUCAGACACUCUGUCUGUCUCUUCAACAACAAACUGUACAUCCUAGGAGGCCGGAAAUAUUACGGGUCUCUGGAUAUUCUCAAAUCUGCUGCAAGGCUAGACCUGACGCAGUGGAAAUGGGAGCAACUACCUGACAUGUUGUGCCCCAGGGACUACUUUGCAGCGCUGUGCCUAGACUCAAAGGUUUUUGUUCUGGGUGGUAACUACAACGACAGCCAAUACACGGACGAUGUGGAGUUUUACAGUCCUGAGGAAAACACCUGGAGGUCGACCCGCCCUCUGGAAGCGGCGGUCUGUGGUCACGCUGCAGCCGUACUGGAUGGUCAAAUCUACGUCUCAGGCGGCUGCGACUCUUACCACCGUUGCAGCCCCUCGCUGUGGACCUAUCACCCUUCCCGCGGCUGCUUUCCCAGAAGUCCCAUGAGCGUGGGAGGUGGACGUGCUGGACACGUCAUGCUAGCCGUGGGGGGCAGGCUGGUGGUGGCCGGAGGGCUGCAGCCCCUCUGGCUGGGGUUCGGGGACCAGCUGCUCUGUGAGGUUUAUGACCCGGCCUGUGAUUCCUGGUCCUCGUUCCCGGCCUUGCCCCGGCCCCAUCUGUCUCCGGGCGGAACUGUGCUGGACGGGCGCCUGUACGUGGUCGGGGGUUCUUCGGCCAACACAGCCAGAGACACCAAGUGGGUGCACUGCUAUGACCCCAAGAAAGAAUGCUGGGAAAACUUGGGUGCUAUGCCUCACCCAUACACUGACCUGGCAGUUUGUGCACUGCCACUCCCUAAUUUGACUCGUUAACCAAUGACUGAUUAAAAUGCCAGAGUGGUUUUGGUUUGGCUCUGUAAAAAGAAUGCCAUGUCAGAAAUGCUUCAUGAUGAAAAUAUAUUUUUAAAUUUUAAGGGGAUUAUUGUGGCAAAGAACCUUAAAAUACAACGUUUUGGAAAACCUAAAAAAACAUAAUUUUUUUUAAAUGCUUCCCAAAUACUCAGAGGUCUCUGCAGACCGAGCUUUUGGACAUGAACAAUAAAGUUUUGGAAGAGUGCUGGAUGCAAUCUGACAGAUUAAUUAAAGGGGCAGUAUUAUUUCCCCGCCACAUAUUGCCAUUUUACAGCGCAACCAAGAAACUAUACUUCAUACAGUUGUUGUAAAAAGGCUAUAUAUGUAAAAUUUGACUUAAAAAGUCUUCAGUGUUUGUGUUUUUCAUAAAAUGUUCAUCUGUGAUUUGCCAUAGUUAUUUUUUGUUCUGUUUCUGCCACCCCUGCUUUAUUUUAGCUCCGUCUCCCCAGCUGUUUAUUUACCCAUGUCUACGUUUUCUUUUGUUAGUCAUUCCUUUCACUGUUAGAUUAUCUGACUUGUUUACUCCCAGGCUUAUCAUGACACGCAGCUUUGUGAAUGAGUGUGGCUCCUCUUUAAAAUUUGCAAACCUAAUUCCUCCAGUGCCUGAGGGUUGUUUCAGUAACCUCUACUGUUAGAGGUUGUUGCGCAACAUAAAUAGAAGUAGCAAUUGAACUUAUUCCUCUUUGAAGAGAACUGACUCUACAGGAUGCGCUCGCUUCCAGGAACCAUCCAAAUGAUCCGCUUAUGAAAAUGCAUACGUAUUUUCUGAGAAGAAGCCAUAAUAGUUUUUGUGGGUGAAGUUUGCAAAAGAAAAGUUAAGUCAUCCAUAUUAAGCAAAUAACUGCAGUAUGACAGAAACAAUCAGGUCGUGCACGCCAUGACACGUGACAAAAACACACGGGGAGCAGCUAGAACGUACUCUGUGUGCUCAUGGAUCAAGCCCUUUUUUUCUGUUUUCUUUGGUCUAUUUCACUAAUUCACUGAUUGAAUGAAUACAUUUUUAGCUUAAAUUGAACAAGAAGAGCUACUGCAGUGUGUGUAGAGCUAACUGAGACUGGAGUCCCGUCGUUUAGUGGAAACAGCUGCUCAAAAGAAUCGGAUUGCUCGUCAA